AUGCUGCAAGACACCAUGAUGGGGUCGUGGGAGUUCUCCUCUUCCUUCUGUGUUGGGCGCAGUCGCGGCUGCGAGGUCAGCAUCGCCACGUCUGAGGAGACGCGCACUGUCAGCAAGCGGCACGUGGGCAUCGUCCCUCUGACCGAGACGCUGUCCAGUUCGGCGCAUACUGUGCCUGGUAAGCGUCGAUGGCUCAUCUACGACCUCGAAACUAUGAAUGGCACAGCAGUGAACGGCGUGGAGAUUCCAAAAGGAGGCAACCAAGAGCUUCAAAACGGUGACGAAGUGGUGCUGGCCUCGGCCAUGCGGCAAUGCGUGCGUCUCCUGGUUCAGUUCCCUGACGAAGCACAUUCUCGUAUUAUAGUCAAAGCGUUGGCACGUUCGGUCACGCCGUCUCCUGCGCCGCUGCACCGCCGUGCGACGACUCCAGGAGCAUCCCCACGCCGCUCACCACGGCACGUUUUGAUGACAAAUGCGCCGGUCGCGGCUGCAGGAUUUGGGAGAUCUGCAGUGACAAUUGCUGGAAGUCCAGCGCUUACGAGGACAGGAUGUCGCUCGCUGGCGGGGACACCGAAUAGUGCCACGAACAUGAUGACCCCACCUCCGCAGAAUCUUUCACAGAAGAGAAGUCGCACUAGUCCAAGCAAAUCAGCAACAGAGAGCGAGAAUGUGGAGAGAAACAGACAGCACGAUACGCCCACUAGUCAGCAGAGGAAACGCUCGCGUCGUGGCGGUGCAAUUGAGAACGCAGCAGUGGAUGGGGAUCCGAACUCUGCUGCAAAACGAGCUCGAGAAAACGAGAAACAAGAACGCGAACGGCGUAUGAUGUGCUCCGUGUGUUUGGAAUAUUUCCACGGCAGUGCAACGCUGCCGUGCUCUCACACGUUUUGUGGACACUGCAUCAGCAACUGGUUUCGCAACUCGCUGUCCUGCCCCGAGUGCCGUGACAUCGUCAAGACAGUUCCUGUUCGCAACCGGGCACUGGAUGAGCUAGUGGAGCGGCUGGUAGGCCAGACAGACGCGUACAAGUAUCUCGUACGCCGUCGAGCGCAGAUGCAGAGGCGAUCGAUUGGGCCACACCGAUACGAACGUGGUGGUGACGAGUAUGACGUAUCUGAAGGAGCCACUCGCGGUUUCGGCAGUCUACAGCUUGGCAACAACCGUAUCCCAGAGCCUAGAAUGCGCUCCGUGUUUACCCGCUGGUCGGUGGAAGAAAAGCUGGCGUUCUCAGCAUUCAUCAACGACCAGUUUGGUGAGGCUCGCGUGGCAACUUGCAAGGAAGUAGGACUGACAGAGCCUACGGUGGACAGGGCUAACAUGACGGAGCUACUCGUUGCCGCGCAGAAUUUAUUGCUUGACUGCGGUGGCCUUCGUCUGGUUGGAGACGAGAACUCCCAGCGACUGAAGAUCUUUCUCUUCUUCGGCUAA